AUGAGGAUCGUGCUGACCCCGCCCCCACCCGGCACGGCCAGUCCAGCGGCGCUCAAGUCACCCCAGCAGCGAGCAGGCAUCACAGACAAGGCCCUCUAUGCCAUCGACCUCUUUCUCACCACUGAACCUUCUGGGAAGCUCCUGCUGCUCUCUGUCCUCUGGGUGGCCCUCAUGCUGCUGGGAGCAGGAGCCUUUAUCGCUGCGGCCAAGGCGACCAAUGAGGACGUGCCAUUUGGCGAGGCUGUGUGGGUCUCGUGGACCAUGCUGUCAGACCCGGGCCAGCAGGGCGCUCAGGACUCAAUUUGGAAGCGGGUGCUGUCAGUGGUGCUGACGAUCAAGGGGUUGCUGUUGCUGGCGCUGCUGGUGGGUCUGGCGACUGAUGGCGUGGCGAAGCAAGUGGACGAUCUGAACAAGGGCAAGGGGCCCGUCAUGGAGCGCGGGCACGUGCUGGUCGUGGGCUGGACCCCACGCACCAUUCCUCUGGUGCAGCAGCUGGUGGGGGCGGACGGCAGUCGCGCAGUGGUGGUGCUGGCAGGCGGCAAGGGCAAGGAGGAGAUGGACAGCGCACUCCUGGAUGCCAUUCCUAAAAGCGAGCGACAGAAAGCAGGCGGCGGACAGAUUGUGACGCGCACCGGCUCGCCCUUCCACUCGGAGGACUUGGCGCGCUGUGCUGCUGACGCUGCGCGCUCCAUUGUGCUGCUCUCCCCCCCCGUCUCCGACCCCUCCCAAGCCGACGCCUUUGUGAUCCAAGCCAGUCUGGCGCUCGCCAAUAGGCCAGACAUCAGCGCUGACAUCAUCGCAGAGCUCUCUUCACUCUCCAACGUGCGCCUGCUGCAGCGCCUCCACCGCACCCUCCUCGCCCCCUCCCCGUCCACCACCACCACCACUGCCCAAGCACCGCCCAGUAGCACCGCGUCCUCCUCCCAGCGCGUGAGGAGGAGGCGGCUGGUGCCGGUGGCGGCGGAGAACCUCUCGCUGCGCACGCUGCUGUCCGCUGCUGUGCACCGCGGCACCGCUGACGUCACUGCCGACCUGCUUGACUUUGAGAACGACGAAUUCUACUUCAAAGAGUGGCCAGAGCUGGUGGGGCGCACGUUUGGCGAUGCGCUGUUUCUGUUUGACAACGCCACCCCCUGUGGGCUCAUGAAGGCUCCCAAGCAGCACACCGCACCCGAUGCUUCCGGUGCUGCCGGCAGCUCUAUGGGCGAGGUGCUCGUGAACCCGCCCAGCUGGACGCUCAUAGAGCCCGGAGACAAGCUCCUAGUGAUAGCAGCGGACCGCAACAGCUACCGCCCGGGGCCAAGUCGCCUGCCGCCCCCGCCGUCCGAGCUCACUGCUGCAGCUGUCCCGGCAGCCACUCAGAAAGCGCCACGUGGCACGAGCAGCAGCAGCGUGGGUGGCAAGCAGCAUGUGCUUAUAUGCGGAUGGCGGCCGGAAGCAAAGCAGCUGGUGGAGCUGUUGCCCUCGAUACUGGCACAAGGCAGUGAGGUGACGGUGGUGGCGACUCACAUCUCCCCAACAGACGAGCUGCUGCUGGGGAACAUUCGCAGGCACAAAAAGCUUCCUAUUCGCAUCAAGCGUGGCAGCCCAGCAGACCGGGAGGUGAUGGAGUCGCUGCCUCUUGAGACCGUCGACUCGGUGAUUCUGCUGCAGUCAACGCAAGUCAACGGGGGGGAGAACGGGGAGGACGAGGAGGAGGAUGCUGGCAUGGUGGACAGCUCACAGGCUACAGUGACCGCGCUGCUUAUCAGGAGCAUUCAGGCGGCCAGGGGGAGAGCACAAGAGGCGGCAAUAGUGGCAGAGGUGCCGGCGAGUGAGAGGGACGUGGCGAGGCAGGUGGAACGGCAUGCACUGGAUGGAGCUGUGUGUCCCGAGCACCUGGAGGCUCAAGUGCUGGCGCAGAUCACACACGACCCGGAUGUGGGCACGGUGUUGGACGAGAUAAUCGGGUCGGAGAGGAAUCGCAUGGCGGUGCGGCGAGCAGACGAGUUUAUCGGGGAGCACGAGGCAGGCAUCUUCAACCUCUGGGAGAUGCAGGCGCGGGUGCGCAUGAGUGAGGAGUUGGUGAUAGCGUAUCGGCACCGGGGGGAGUGGCACCUGAACCCCUCCAACAAGGACCAACUUAUUCCCUGGGGACAUGAUGACCGCCUGCUCGUCAUCCGAGCCUCGCUGACAGCUUCGGCCAGACCUGCAGCCGUCAGCACAGCCUGA